CAAUAAUGGACCGCUGAUGCAGAUGCAAUGGUGGUGAAUGGGGAUAAGACCGACAACAAGAAGUGUGACCUUGAUUAGACGCACUCACGUGUUGGCGACAUCAACAAAAUCUUCAAUCUCGUCCUCUCGAACACCUCCCCCCAUCUCCCGCCGCUAGCCCGUUCGCCGUGGCCCUUGCUGUACCCCGUGCUUAUCCUUACUUUUGUCUCCUAUACCGCCCUUGCCUCUCUGGAGCGCGCCGACCGAGAAUCUAUUCUAAUUCGGCGUCCAUGCUCGCUUAUGCGUCCCCCGCAUCCCCCUUCCCAGACGGCGCGAAAUACUCUAAAGACCUCGAUUCCUUCAACAAACUCCUGCCGCCACCGAUAGAAUUCGUAGAAGGGUCGUCGUCUGGUGCCCUAGCCGUGCCCGAGGGCAAAUACGAUCCUAUAAACGCCACCCCCAAGGCGUCUAAAGCAGAUGCUGUGCGCCCCUCUUCCAUCGUUGCUCGCCCAUCCACACCCACGACCCCCAAACCCACCGCUGCAUCAACACCCCGGGUGAAUGGCAAGGCGCCGUCUCUAUAUCCCGGCAUUAUCGACCUGACAUGGCCACCGAAUGUGUCUUCAUCCGGAAGUGGUUUGUACAACAGCGGCAACACAUGCUUCCUAAACAGCGCCCUGCAAUGUUUACUGCACACUCCUCCGCUUCUCCGACUGUUAUACGAGCACGCCCAUAGUCGAUGUCCCGUGAAGGACAACGCGUUCUGUAUGACAUGCAGCCUCGGGAAAGUCGCAUCCCAGGCGUACAGCAAUCGAAAUGCGUUCAUGCCGCAAGCUGUGUCCGGGAAGCUACAAACAAUCGCGAAGCACAUGCGACGGGGACGUCAAGAAGAUUCGCACGAGUUUCUUCGAUACGCCAUCGAUGCGCUGCAAAAGUCUUGUCUUGCAGGACAACCUCCAAAAUUGGACCCCAAGUUGGCUGAGACGACCUGGGUGCACAAGUUGUUUGGCGGCAGACUACGUUCACGAGUUAAAUGCACCGAGUGUGGGCAUAACAGCGACACAUUCGACAGCAUCCUGGACCUGAGCGUGGACAUCUUGAACACGAACAGCGUCAAGCUGGCUUUGCGCAAGUUUGUGGCGGUCGAGUAUCUCAAGGGGCAGGACAAGUACAAAUGUGAAAAAUGCAAGAAGCAUGUGGUCGCGGAGAAGAGCUUCACGAUACAAGAGGCGCCGGCGGUGUUGACGAUGCACUUGAAACGGUUCACUCCGAUGGGCCGCAAACUGACUCACUUUAUCGACUACGAGGAACGAUUGGCACUGAAACCAUACAUGAGCGACGGCUCAUUCGGCCCAUCGUACUCGCUGUACGGCGUGAUCUGCCAUGCCGGUGGUGGGCCCAACUCGGGACACUAUUUCUCUUACGUGAAAGACUGCCGUGGGCAGUGGCACGAGAUGAACGACGAGUCUGUUACGAAGGUUCCACACGCGCCGCUGAAGCAGAAAAACGCGUACAUCCUCUUUUACCUGCGGGACAGAGGGCAGGGUCUCGAUGCGGCAGUGAACCUUCCACCCAGCGCAAUGGUGCCGCGCCAGAGCAUCGCCAAGAACAUGAAGAAGCGAAAGGCUUCCGAGGAUGGACACGAGGACGAGGGUGUCAAGGUCACUAAACCCUUUAUUGGGCCGCGCAUGCCUUCUCCGGACCGGAUCUCGACGCCGAAGAAGACAGCAGAGAAACCCAACGCAACACCUGCCAAAGCCGAUCCGCAAGCAGAGCGUGUCCGUCAAAAGAUCGAGGCUGCGCAAACGAGCAAAGCCUUGGAUGGUCUCGAGGCAUAUGGAUCUGACUCGAGCGACAAGGAGGACGACGGGCCUGAGGAACUGGCCAAUCCGAAAACGGUUGUGGGAGUGCAACCUCCGCCGACUGUUACCUCACCGCUACCUCCGUCUUCCCCUCUGCCGACGUCGGCUACCACUCCGAGUCGAUCCUCAACGACAGACUCCAAUGCUGCCAACUCCGUUCGAACGCCCAUUUCAACGACUAGCUUCUACGGUGGCCCAAGUUCUUCACACAAGCGCAAGCACUCGGAAUCCUUCGGCAAGGAGCGCCGUUCGUCUGCUGCCAGUUUCAAUCCGUUCGACAAGAGUCGACUCACCAACGGCCGGAAGAAACCGAGACCGUUGUGAGCAUAGUUUGCGAGUUAACGUACUUACAUACAUAGACUUGGUCGUCCGUACAUGUAUGCAGUAUUGAGUUAUCCUUGGACUUGAGUCGCCUGGCAUCUUGAUUACACAUAAAUGGUGACAAAGACAAGGCUUGACUUGCCUCCCACCGUCUAUGCUACGCCGCGCUUGGAAGCCGGCAUUGGCAGCCACGGUCCCAGCUCUCGGCGGCGCGUACUGGUAUUAUUCCCGUGAACCCAAGGAGGAGACGUUCGACCUUUCUGUUCCCGUCAAGAGAAACGGCAGACGUGAAAGAACGACGAUGACGUUCCCGCUUCUUUCUCAAGACGCAACGGACGCGCGUAUACGGGAGAAUGCGACAGCGCAUACUAUUACGAGGCCUGGGAUUGUGUGGCAUCAUACCACCGCUUCGGUCGCGUCGAACGACCCCAUCGAGGAUGCCACCGCGCAUCAGGUCGUGCGCCGGGAUGAGGGAGACGGGGACCUUCUAUUUUUUGCUGUUAUGGACGGACAUGGGGGGUUUUGGACAUCACAACUGCUCUCUCGCGUUCUCAUUGACGCUAUUGCGCUGGAGCUCUCCUCCCUCGGCAAGACUGUAUCAGACACUUGGUUCGGCGGCGUGAAAAGUCUGUGGCGCCGGCCACAGAAUAAACAGGAUGAGGAUAUCAAUCUGGACGCGUCUUCCAGGGGUCUUCCGCCACCUGCGACACCCAUGUCGUCGCCCCUCCUGGUCGCACGAGCACUACAAAAGUCAUUCCUGUCUCUCGAUGCCGAGCUUCUUGCUGCACCGGGCAAUGCGAGUUUGAAAAUCCCGGACCUGAGCAAACACCCACUCGCGCUGCCCGCGAUGCUCCCGUCGCUGUCCGGUAGCUGUGCGCUGCUGACGAUGAUCGACACAGCCCACAAUAAUCUGUACGUCGCCUCUGCCGGAGACUGCCGGGCUGUUGCUGGCGUCUGGGAGCCGGAGCAAGGUAAAUGGCGCGUUGAGGUUCUGACAGAAGACCAGACGGGACGGAAUCCAUCCGAGGCUGAGCGAAUGCGCAGAGAGCAUCCUGCUGAUGAGGCUGGCGAUGUCAUCCGUAACGGUCGUGUGCUCGGUGGAUUAGAGCCAACUCGCGCAUUUGGUGACGCGCGAUAUAAAUGGUCGCGGACCCUGCAGGCUACAUUAUAUCGCGCGUUCCUUGAGGGUGGGGAUCAGCAGGCACGGGGCCCACCUACGUUGCUCAAGACGCCGCCUUAUGUGACUGCACGACCCGUCGUCACGCACCGAGUCUUGAACUUGCCAAAAUCAGACGGAGCGGUCACCAACGCUCCCGCUCUGCGGUUUAUCGUACUUGCGACCGACGGACUCUGGGACGAAUUGAGCUCAGAAGACGUCGUGCGCCUAGUCGGCGGUCACAUCGGCGGCCUGCGAGGGAAUGUCCCGAAAGACUCGCUCUCGAACCUCGUCCCGACCGUCGCCGGGUCUGGCACUGUGCAAGGCAAGGAUGCAGACCACCGCCGAGCGCGGACCUCGGAAGCGUGGACUUUCGUCGACGACAACGCCUCAGCGCAUUUGAUCCGCAAUGCAUUCGGUGGGGCCGAUGCGAGGUCGGUGCGCGAGGUGCUCAGCAUCCCGUCUGGCCUUGCGCGAAGUUUCAGAGAUGAUGUUUCGGUGACGGUAGUCUGGUGGGAACAGGAGAAUGAGAGUCAAUACCAAGUCGCUACUCUCACAGUUCCACCUCCGGACGUCAAGGCCAAGCUUUGAGUAUCGUGGAUGAUCUGUGAAGUGGAUUAUAUAACACAGGUUGAGAGUACACUACACAAGCAUGUAAAUCAAUACAGACACCUUGUAAGCAAACGACAAUGUUCCCGUUUAAAACAUAUACAGACUUGCAAUACACGACAUGCGAUGGACGAAAACAUUUCAAACCGGACUGGGCUCUAUCUGAGACUCAAGCUCGGGGCGACACGACAGCAGCACCGUGACUGCGCAGCGCAUAGCGGGGCGUAGAAGACGGGACAGGUGACGACGGGGGCGACGUCAUCGGGGUCAAGGAAGAAAGGGAGGACAGCCGCGACAGCGUUCUUGUCAACGAGGCGACUGCGUUCGGGUUGUGCAAUGGGGUGUUCGUCCGAGGAGGCUCUUCCAGGGGCGGGGUGUUUCCUUCUUGGGUUACAGUCGGAAGCUCAUCGCUCCCGGGCGGAUCAGUGAGCGAGAGCAUCGUGCCAUUCGGGGUGAUGGGAGGAGUGGGCACGUAACUUUCGUAAUCGGAGGGAUUGUUUGGGGUGUGCGGGGGCUGGUGCUGGGAAGAGGGAUGCCCUUGCGAGUGCUCUUGCGACUGCGGGGGCGGAGUGCCUUGCGACUGGGGCCAUUGUUCCUGCGACAACGGCUGCGAGAACACAUCGCACGCCGCGCGCAGAUCAGCUUCUUCGCCUGCAGUGAUCGAGUUCCCGCGCAGCAUGGAGAAUAGCGAGGAGUGGGAUGGGAUCGAGAGCGACGUGUCCGUGCGUCGGAGCUUGUUCGGUCGCUCGCCCGUGACGGGAUGGCUGUCCGGCGGUCGUGUGCGAGCAACCCCCAUGAUAAACCCAUAUCCGUGAUCCAACACCUCCGUUCCAUCGGGUCGUAAACGCUUCAACGCUCUAGGAUUCCGCCUGCUCGGGUGUUUGAUCGACUUCAGUGGAACCAGAGGGUUGUUGUAUGCCCAAUCGCGGACUUUGAUUCCCAUCGCUUCGAGGUCUGCAGGCGUCGGCUGAAGAUCAUCUUGUACGCGACGGAUAGGCGAGGGAGAUAUGCGUCUCGCGGCGGGGGACGAUUGGAAUGUUUUGCUGGAGGAAGCCUCUGCUUCCGGUGGUGGGAACGCCAUGGCGAGAAGACGGACAAGUAAGAAAGAGAUCGUGAUGGCGCUCGUGAGUGGGGUAGUGGAGUGAAAUGAGACUGUCAGCCGUGGACUUGGACCUUCUUAUACCCUCGUCCACAAUUGAACUGCACAAGGAGAUGACUAGAAAGAGGAUACUCG